AAGAGGGGUCAGAAAGGAAGGAUUAGUCAGAGUGGCUGGCGGCGGCGCGGCGGCGCUGGUGGGCGGGGGAUUUGGGGGAGUGCGGGUGGGGGAUUUGGGGGAAGAGCCGGCGGCACGCUUCCUCCUGAGAAAGAAAGCUCGAAUGAAAUGGAGCUUCCUACCGGAGCCCAUACCGUCAUCGCCGUUCUCUCCCCUUCCUGUUCAAACCCUAGGAGGCGAGGCAGGAUUCAUCACUCAACUUAAACGUGGGGAGAUGCUUACUGUUCUAGCCUUAGCCUGAUUCUGGAGUACUAUCAUUCUGGAGAUUUGUAAUUUUGCAGCGGCAUCUCUAAAGAGCAGCAUGGAUAAAUCUCGAGAAUUUGGCUCUAUUGAUGCUUUGCCAGAAAGCCCUGUUUACAUGUGAAGUUUACGAAAGUCUAGCUGUGUCCGUGUUAUCAGAAUGUGCAUGUUGGAUGAUAGCUUCCAUGAAAGUUUGGAGUCUCCUCCGUUGUUGGUUCUGAACCUGUGUGACAUUUCAGGGGGAGGGCAGUUUUCUGAUUCCUUCUUUUGGCAGCGAUUGCCUAUAUUUGGACAUUGUGAUGCUGGGAAGAUGCAGUAUUCUGGUCCUCAUACGAAUCCACAUUUAGUAACAUAUUACAAAAUGGAAGUACUGAGGAAUUCCGAUAUAAAAGCACGCCUGUUGUUUAGGGUGACCUCUGAAGAUGGAUUGCAGGAGUUGCCCAAUGCAAGGUCAUGUUUGAAAUAUUUUGAAAAUGGUGGGGAUACCCUCCGUGGUUGCAGAGAUGUUCGUGUUAAUUGGAAAUACCUAGACUAUUGCAAUGUUUGUGAUAUGGAUGAGGAGUAUGAAGACAAUUUGUUCUUGCAAUGUGAGAAGUGUCGUAUGAUGGUUCAUGCUCGGUGCUAUGGCAAACUGGAACCAUUGGAUGGAGUACUUUGGCUAUGCAACCUGUGCCGACCUGGGGCACCUCGCGUGUCCCCACGAUGCUGUCUAUGUCCAGUCACAGGGGGUGCAAUGAAACCUACGACAGAUGGUCAUUGGGCUCAUCUAGCAUGUGCUAUAUGGAUUCCUGAAACUUGCUUAAAAGACGUAAAGAGAAUGGAGCCCAUUGAUGGAUUAAGCAAAAUCAACAAGGACCGCUGGAAACUUCUAUGCAGCAUUUGCACUGUUGCUUAUGGAGUUUGCAUACAGUGUUCUCAUCCUACUUGUCGAGUUGCAUAUCACCUGCUCUGUGCACGUGCUCCUGAUCUUUGUGUCGAGCUUGAAGAUGAUGACAAUGCCAAUAUCCACCUCAUGUUACUUGCUGAAGACGAGGACCCGUGUAUUCGUAUACUCUUGUAUUGCAAGAAGCAUAGACAACCAUGCUCAGGUAGUUCAGGCAGAUGUGGCCUCAUCAUCUGGUUGUUUAAGGACAGGAAAACACAAUGGAAGGACACGCGCCAGCAAACCGCAUCGAUCAGUUCAGAGGGCAGCUCAAAUAAGGUGCAGUUUGCACCUUUGAAACAUUCAACCAUCCAUAUAGAAUCAGGAUUACUCAGCUUUCAAAAAUCCAAGAGGCUAUUCCACAGCCCGUCGGCGUAGUGACGAUAUUGGCAGAUGUCAUUCCAUCCAAAACAAAUCAGGAUCCAAGAAGGAACAUUCAUCUGAAAAAUGCAAGGAAUGGUGGCAUUCAAAAGCACAACCCCACGCUGGCAUGUCAACAUACCCAUUCCAGAAAUGUCUGAAACACGGAGCAGAUCACCCAUGCAGAAUAGAGUAGCAGGGUUCACCAAAUGCAAAAGCUGAGCCAAUCGAAAUAACACUAUGCCCUUACCAAGCAAAAAAGAGAGACACUGCCGGUAAACUAUUUCACGUGGCCAUCUCUGAAAUAAUCAAUGUUCCUGAUACAGUAGCAGCAUCCACCAGUACUUCCAAGAUACCGAUAACAGCUGAUAAAUCUACACUGCCUCGUUCAUCUGAUGAAGCAAUACAACCAUCACCUCAGAGCAAACAUUCAGAGAAUACGCCAGCCAAGGACAUCAUAGAAGAGACUGACCAAGACUCAGAAGAAAACACAAAUUCUACACAGCAGGCAAAAAGAGGAAAAAUCAGCAUCAAGCCACUGAGCCAGCUAAAAAAAGCAAAACAAACGACAGAAGACAAGGAGCUAUUCCCUAAAAAAGACAUGAUCUUCUUUUCCUCCAAGGAGAUGGCAAUCUCCAUCAUCAGGUCAGGCCGCUCCAAACAAAGACAAAAAAGGCAGAACUAAUGAUUCCAUCAAUCCCAGAAGUAGAAGCAAUGUUGUGUAAAAUUAAGUACCCGUCUACUCAUGACUGCGUCUACUUAUGUGUAAUUAGCUUACUUGUGUAAAAUUAAGAAAGAUGGAGGUUUUUGACACUUGUGUUAUAUGUGGUAUGGAACGCGAGUGCGCGUUCCAUGCCUUCUGUAGGUGCCCCAUGGCGAGGAGUCUCUGGCAAGCCAUGGAGAAAGUCUGGCCACUCCCAGAUAUUGGAACGCUCACGAACACAAGUAGCGAGUGGCUGCUGCACUUGUUGGAGGGAAGAUCGGAAACGGUGCGUGCCAUGAUCAUAAUGAUACUCUGGCGAAUUUGGCACUGCCGAAAUGAGGUGAUCCAUCACAAACCGGCGCCACCUAUUGAAGCAUCUCGACGUUUCCUAUGCAGCUAUCUUGAAUCGUUGUUCACAAUCAAGCAGUUUCCAAAUGCUGACGUUGCAAAAGGAAAGACAGUGGUGUCUUGGAGCAGGGAUAAUAAACUGAAGACGACGCCCGGCGUUAGUAAAACCGCCGUGGCCAUAGAGGAAACCACCAGAGGGGCAUGUGAAGAUGAAUGUGGAUGGGUCUUUCUGAGCAACUAGUGGAAAGGGAGGAGCAGGUGUGGUUCUCCUUGAAGAUGCAGGGCCGAUUAUUGUUUCGUCAUGUCGUUUCCAGUCAACCUAUCGGAGUCCUCUCGAAGCUAAACUGGAAGCAUGCCAUCUUGGCAUAUAGUCCUUGCAACGGACUGGUCUUCCCUUCCGUGUGUGUGAUUGAUACAGACUGCACUGAAGCGAUGAAGUUGGUCCUUGCUGAUGGUAUCAAUCGAUCGUGUUUUACAGGGAUUGUCCAGGAAUCAAGCGUCUGAUGGCGUCUAGGAGUAAUGUUCAUUUUUUAGCAGUGAGUAGUGAGCAAAAUAAUGUAAGCCACUUGUUGGCAAACUUGGGUCGUACUAGUUCUAGCUCAGAGGUUUGGCCUGGUUCGGAGCCGGUUGAUGUCACGGCACUUUGCCGUGACGAGUGUACUUUGGUUGGUUAAUUAAUAUAGCUUCCAUUGGCAA